AUGGACUAUCCUUUCAACACUGAGUGCACGAAUAGAUUCACCUCGAUGAGCGACGGCAUCACCUUUGAAUUUGUCAAUUUUGAAACAGAAGUUUUCCAUGAUUCUGUUGUCUUUCAAGAUGCAAGGAACGAGCAUUAUCAAUUCACUGGACCCUUUGAGAAAAACAAGUGGAAUGGAGCCCGAUUUUCGUUCAAUUCAUCUGAUGUCGAGGUCCUUUUCGUUUCCGACGCCAACGGAGAAGAAACUGGAUUCAAUAUAAAAAUCAUCGAUGGAUACGAGGCAUCAAACGACAUCGACGCUCUAUGGCCGCAAUUUGCAGCAGAUAUGCCCAUGUAA